ACGAACAAGAGAAAAAAAAAAAAAGAAGAGAGAGAAAAAACAAGAUUCUCAAUAAUCGUACUCGCAUGAUCGAAUGAUCCAAUCGUCGUAAAUUCACUCGAUAUUACCAAAUUUUUCAAUCGUAUUUCGACGGUGUUACCCAACCAAUAAUAGUUACAAUCCUGAAAUGUCGAAGAAAAAGAGAGGGAUAGAAAGAGAGAAUGAGUAAGAGAGAGAGAGAGAGAGAGAGAGAGAGAGAGAGAGAGUGAGGUAGUAAAUAAGCAGAUAGAUGGUAGGGGGCAGGAGUGACGAGACGAAAACGAGAAGAUGGCGUCAAGUACGAUGUCACGCGUAAAUCAGCUGUACUUUGUGCUUCGAACUCGAGAUAACCUCUUUGCGUGUGUUAAAAGACCUUUUCCCGUUUCCUUUCCCCUUAACUCUUUAAUGCCUAUGAGGAGUAUACUUAAUAUAACGUCAAAAGUCGAACGAUCGAUCAGUAUUCAUCGAGAAAUUCAGAAGCUCAUCGAUUCGAAGACAUUCGUUUUUAUAUUCGCGUGAAUAUUAUCAACGAUAAGGAUAGAUUCAUUUUUUAACAUUUAUAUAUAUAUAUAAUUUCUGUCUCUUUCUCUCAUUCUUUUUUGUUCGUUCUUUUUUCUUUCUUUUAUUAUUUUUUUUUUUUUCCAACAAAGGCGCGAGUGACACGCGCAUACACACAUAAUACACAGUAUAUAUAUAUAUAUAUAUAUAUAUAUAUAUAUAUAUAUAUUCAAAGUUUAGGCGGGAAAUUUAGUGCCAGUGUUAAAUAUAUUUCAAUAGUCAAUUGGAAAGAUUGCAAAUUUUAAUUCUUUCAAUCUGUCAGCACACGGAGGAAUGCAAAAGGAUUGUCGAGACUGUUUGGGUAUCCGAUACCGCAUCAACAGUCUGGAUCAAACGUGGAAGUGGUUACAUCAGACCAUUGCCCUUCACGACUAUCUAAUAUCCAUCACGGCGAGUCAAUCCGACGUCUCGAGACAUACAAUUUAUUAGAGUAAGAUUGAAAAAGAGAGAGGGAAAAAUAAGAAAGAAAAGAAUUUUUUAUUUACGGAGAAAAUUAUAAAGCAAGACUAUUUCUCUGAUCUCACACCUUCUUGUCUCGAGGUAAUAUAAUAUUAAAAAAAGGAUAAUAAUAAUAAUAAUAAUAAUAAUAAUAAUAAAAAGAAGAAGAAGAAACCUUGACGUUCAUUUAGUCUAAGACUGAUAAAAAGUAUCGUCGGAUUGUAUUCCUAAUAACAUAGGAAGAAAGGAAAAUAAAAAUAAAAAAUAAUAAUAAAAAAACAAAAAAAAAAAAAAAA